AUGUCUGAUAUUGAAUCAUUAAAUGGUGCAUUGUUCGAGGAACCAGAGGAUUUCCGCCCACCAGCUCCAAAAGAACAUUUUGUAACAUAUACUAGAGACUACAUAGCUCCAGAAUCAAAAUCUCAAAAGAAAGAUAUUGAAUUGAAAUUAGUUGGUAAUUCACCACUAUGGGGUCAUCUAUUAUGGAAUGCCGGUAAAUACACAGCCCAACAUAUAGACAAACAUCCCGAACAAAUCGUCGGUAAGAGUGUAUUAGAAUUAGGUGCCGCAAGUGCACUACCAUCAAUUGUAGCAGGUUUAGUUGGUGCUAAGAAUGUUGUCUCUACAGAUUAUCCUGACGCUGAUUUAAUUUCCAAUAUUGAACAUAAUUGCAAUGGUUUAGAUAAUGUUAAUGUGCAAGGUUAUAUUUGGGGGAAUAGUUAUAAUGAAAUCUUAAAAUUAAAUAAUAAUGAAAAAUUUGAUUUUAUUAUAUUAAGUGAUUUAGUGUUUAAUCAUACUGAACAUCAUAAAUUAUUAAAGACAACAAGGGAUCUUUUGAAAGAAGAUGGUAGAGCUUUGGUUGUAUUCUCUCCACAUAGACCAAAAUUAUUAGGUGAUGAUUUAAAAUUUUUUGAUACAGCAAAGGAUGAUUACAAUUUUAAGGUAACAAAGAUAGAAAUGGUUAAUUGGAAACCAAUGUUUGAAGAAGAUGAUGAAACUAUUGAGAUUAGAUCUCGUGUAUAUGCAUAUUAUUUACAAUUAUAA